AUGGAGGUGGGCAAGCGUUUAGGUUCUACUCUCAAAGGGCAGAUAGAUAGGCAAGUGAAUUCGCAUUAAUAAGGUGAGCUAGCAACAAGAUGGACUGACAAUAUUGAGAUGGAUAAACGCUCAAGCUUCUGUCCUCAAAAUUUUGCCUAUACAAUCAACUUCGAUGGAAUCGAUUGAGUUCACAUACACUGCAAAAACAAUGGAUUGUAUUUCCCUCAAUAUGAUCAUUAUAACUCUCUCAUACAACUUCAAUCGACUUUUCACAAAAUAA